UUAUCCAUCCAUACCAGAUCUUAUCGAACAGUACAGACGUUGUGGUACAACCGGAUCGACCACUGUGUACGCUUUCACUCAACAUAGCGUGGCUAGGAUUCGCCAGCUUGAAUACCCCGUUGUUAAGCACACUGCUAGUGCGUUUUCGAGCAGUGUCAGUAGCCCUAGACUCUACCUAGGCGUUUUCGUACGCAGAAUAGCAUCCCUACCGGACGUUUCGAGUCUCCCAGAUGCCGCGUUUUGAGUACAUCAGGCGAUCAGUUCUGGAAUCUAGGGAGAGAUUUGCGAGGUUUAACCGUGAGAGGGGACCGAGAGAGCAGCAGCAGGAGCAGGCGGCGCGGCCGGAGGUCCUGGCCAUCGCCCGCCGGCCUGGCUUCACCGGGGCGUCCGCCGGACUCCGCCUGGCCGUCGCUAUCCACUUGUCCUGGGCUGAAGCGCUUCAGACGGCCCUAGGAUCUACCGUACGCUCGAGCACACCUCCCAACCGCCAUGGAGUACAAAGGGUAUUUCUACAUCAUGAGCAGGCAGACAGGAAUGGUCCUCGAUGUGUUUGAGGGCAACACCGCCGCCUCCACUCGCCUGAUCGUCUACACCAUGAAGACGGAGGGAGCGGAGAACCAACUCUGGAAGUACGACUCGGAGACUGGUGAGCUGGUGAGUCGUCUGAACGGCUAUCGUGUCGACGUGUCCGGUGGAUAUGCUUUCGACGGCGCAAAGAUCAUCAACUACCCGACCAACAACGCGCCCAACCAGAACUGGGUCUUCAAACCGGACGGUUCCAUUCAGAGCGGCCUGGGGGACCAGUGGGUCCUGGAUGUGGAGGGGGCCAACACCAACGCCGGCACCCAUGUGAUUCUGUACCAGCGUAAGGAUGGAGGGCCCAGCAUCAACCAGCAGUGGGACAUCGUGCCCUAUGUGCCCACGACCGGGUUCUACAUCCGAAGCGCGCUGAACGACUGCUACCUGCAGAUCGCUGACGGCAGUGACAAAACGUCUGCUCCGCUCUGCAUCGGGAACAAACCUGGGGUGCCCCGUGCCGACCACAGAUACCUGCUCUGGAAGUACAACAAGAAGGAUCGUACCAUCUGCAGCGAGCUGAACGACUACGCCGUCGACGUGCAGGGUGGCUCGGCAGAGAACUCUGUCAAAAUCAUCGCCUACCCCUGCCAUGAGGGCGCUAACCAGCAGUGGACGUUUGAGAAGACCGGGACCAUCGUGAGCGGGCUGGGGGAGAACUGGGUCCUGGACGAUCAGGCUUCGGGUGGAGCCGGAAGUGCCGUGAUCCUCUACACCAGGCAUGGCGGGAAGAACCAGCAGUGGUACAUCUCCGAGGAUUAAAGGCCUAGGGGGUACCAGGCAAUUGGGUGGUCCGUAGAGAAAUCAUCCACCCCCUCCGGACCGACUGAGGCCUGCAGAACCAAGCUUA